GGUUCUUUGCCAUGUCUGGUCGUGGUAAGCAGGGAGGCAAGGCUCGAGCCAAGGCCAAAACUCGUUCUUCGCGAGCCGGCCUUCAGUUCCCAGUGGGCCGUGUCCACCGCCUUCUCCGGAAAGGAAACUAUGCGGAGAGAGUAGGCGCUGGUGCUCCAGUCUACCUGGCAGCAGUGCUGGAGUACCUGACUGCCGAGAUCCUGGAGCUGGCAGGCAACGCGGCCCGAGACAACAAGAAGACUCGCAUUAUUCCUCGCCAUUUGCAGCUGGCCAUCCGCAACGACGAGGAGCUCAACAAGCUACUGGGGAAAGUCACGAUCGCGCAGGGCGGCGUGCUGCCCAACAUUCAGGCUGUUUUGCUGCCUAAGAAAACUGAGAGUCACCACAAGGCCAAGGGCAAGUAGUAGGCCUGGCUUAAUUUGCAGCCACUCGAACAUCCCAAUUGAACCAAAGGCUCUUUUCAGAGC